AUGCCUCCACGAUCCUUUUCCAUGGAUUCUUGGAGGCUUGACAAUGGGCAAGAUGAAUCCAAGGCCGGGGCUUCAGGAGCAUUUCGCAAAGCCCUCUAUGAUUAUGAGGCACAAAAUGAGGAUGAGCUCACCCUGCGAACAGGGGAUAUCAUUGAGGUUCUCUCUGAAGACUCUCGGAUUUCGGGUGACGAAGGAUGGUGGACUGGAAAGCUUGGUGAUAAAGUUGGCAUCUUCCCUGCCAACUUUGUUGAACCACUUGGUUUUGAUAAUUCUGUGAAUUCUCAGGAGUAUGUACAUGAAAUCCAGCUGAAUGAAAUCAAGUACAAGGACUUGCAGUUGGAAGAAGUGAUUGGACAUGGUGGAUAUGGGCAAGUUUUCCGAGGAUUCUGGAUGGGAGAGGAGGUUGCCAUCAAGACAGGCUUCUUCAAUCCUGAAGAGGAUAUCAACCAAAUAAUUGAAAAUGUCAGAGAAGAAGCCAAAUGGUUUGCUAUAUGUAACCAUGGGAACAUCCUCCAAUUCAAGGGUGUAUGUCUUGAGCCACCACAUUUGUGUCUUGUCAUGGAAUAUGCUCGUGGAGGAUCCCUGGAUCGAGUGCUCAAAGGUCGCAGGAUAUCUCCAAUUGUAAUUGUGGAUUGGGCUAUGCAAAUUGCACGUGGAAUGAAUUAUCUUCAUAAGGAAGCCCCCAUCCCAAUUGUGCAUCGUGAUCUCAAGUCCUCUAAUGUUUUGAUAUCAGAGAGCAUUGAGGGAGGAGACAAAGAAUUCCUUCAGAAAACACUGAAGAUCACAGAUUUGGGUCUUGCACGAGAAAUGUACCAGACCAUGAAGCUCUCAGUUGCUGGUACUUAUGCCUGGAUGGCACCAGAAGUGUUCAAGAGUUCUACUUUUUCACCUGCUUCUGAUGUAUGGAGCUAUGGAGUGGUGCUCUGGGAGCUGCUGACAUGUGAAAUCCCAUACAAGGGACUCAAUGGUCUGGCUGUAGCAUUCAAUGUGGCUCAGAAGAAAUUGACGUUGCCCAUACCUAGCACUUGCCCUCGUGCAUUCAGAGAAAUAUUGGAAGCAUGUUGGCAGAUGGAUCCCCAUGACAGACCAUCUUUUGAGACUAUUUUGGAGGGAUUAGGAAGAAUUGCCAAGUCCAAUUGGGUACAUACUCCAUAUGACUCCUUUCAUCAACAACAGAAUGGCUGGCGUCAAGAGAUUGGCCUGAGGAUGACUGAGAAAGAAAAGGAAUUGAAAUACAGAGAAGAGGAACUGAGAAAGAUGGAGCAUCAACAGAAAAUCCAGGCAGAGCAACUUAAACGUAGAGAACAAGAGGUGGCAGCCAGAGAGAUGGACCUGAUAGGGAAGGAACUUUUGAUGAUGAUCAAAGCUCAGGAGACUGCUCCAACACCAAAAAAACGAAGAGGAAAGUUCAGAAAGUCUCGUCUCAAGCUUAUCCGCAACAAAGAAGGGAUCCAAAAGAUUAGUGGACCCUCAGUGAAGGGUAAAACAUGGGGGCCUUCAUCAAUGCAGCCAAGAGAAAGAGCCCAGUUAAAGCCAAACAUCUCAUAUGUUGACCAGAGCCAGAAGCGGUUCAGCACUUCUGCUCCAAAUCUGGAGAAGGUUCGAGCAGCUGCAGCAUCUGGAGCAAUGCAUUCACCUGCUUUUGAAUUUCCUCAACCCUUCGGAGACCUUGACAUAGUGGAUGAUCUCAAUUGUGGAGAAACAGCAAGAUACACAGCCCAAGCCAUUCCCUAUCUUCCGACACUCUACAAUGGCUCCUGUGCUGAUGUAUCUUCUCCAGCAAUGCCUGGCCAAAGGGGACACCGACCUAAAAUGGGACUUGUGGAACGAGUUCUUUUCAACAUGGGUGCCUUACUUGGCUCAAUUGCUGCUGGCUAUGACAUUCGCAUUUCCAAUGUCUCUGCUGUUCAUCCUCGUCUUCUUUCUGGAAGCAUGAACAGAGGGGAAGAAGAAGUGCCUGGUUGGUGGAUGGAGGAAGGAACCAACCCUCUCCAGGAGACUGGAGCAUCUGGCGACCGAGGCCCCAUCCAUCACACUUACCAUGGGACUUCCAAACAUAUUCGGACACCUCUGUCUGCACUCCUUGGGGGGGACUCCAUGGGUUAUCAAGAGCCUGUUCAACAAAGAAAGGCUUCCAUUGCCAGCAAUGAUGGCGAGCUGGGAGGAUAUGGGAGUGGACUGAAGGCUUCAGAAGAUUCCUGGUACCCUCAUGACUAUGCCAGGGAUCGCCCACCCUAUGAACGCUAUCCAUCACGACCUGAAUACUACACACCUUCACCUCAUCAUCACCGACAUCCAUACCCUGAAUACUAUCCUGAAGCCCCAAGUGACUAUGUCAGCAACGUGCAGUACAUGGAGAGAGUGUAUCCGGAAUAUCGAGGUUUACGUGGUUAUGACAAUCCACCUGGUGCUGAGUCUCCUGCAAGGCCUGCCUACAGUCAUAGACGGACCCCCUCCAAUGUGUCCACCUCAUCUAGCAAUGUUAAUCCCAGCUUCUAUUUGGAUGAAGAUGAUGGAGGUUCUCCUCCUCCACCAGCACCUGCCUCCAAGACCAGAGUCCCAAGGGAGGUGGAACGUCCAACACGAUUAGAACUCCCACCCCCAAAGCCCUUUCGUUCAAGUCUUAGAAAACACACUGGAGAUCGGCAGUGGGAUCAGAGCGGGAGCCCAAAUCCAUCCACACCUCCUGACAGCUAUGGCAGUGAUGAUUCCAGCUGUGUUUCUGCUAAAGACAGUGGCUUAGCUACUACAUCUGGUUCAGGUUCCCAAACUCGAGUUCGUUUUUCUCCUGGCAAUUUCAGUGGUAAUUUAUUGGACUCACCCCUUGAAGGGCAGGGACAAGACAGCAAUGUACCUCUGCAAGUACCAUCUCGGGGCCUCCAUGGCUCCCGACCUCCUCCCUUGUCAGCAAAGAAGACUUCUUACAGGGACAUCUUCCUCUGAAAAUAUGGUGGAUUCACAUCCAAGUACUUCUGUUUUCCCUGAGAGGUCUUGCGUGUGUUUUCAACAUCUGGUGUCUCAGGGUAAUUUCAUACUCCUCCCAUAAACUCAUGUUUCAUGAAAAUCAAACGUCAGUUGUUGAUUGCACUGGGAUGUUUUGGUGCAUUCAAGUUCAACAUUUCAGGCAUGUGAUCAACAAAAUUUCACAAAAUUCCUGAAGGGUUUAUUCUGAGUGCCAUACAGGUACGAGUCUGAAAUGGGCUUUCAAUCUUAAUUGUCUCAUUCCACUCCUGUUGAAGGAGUUUCAGGUAUUUAUGCCAUAAUACGAGUACUGGAAGGGAUAUUGGCCCCUAUUUUCAUGCUUUUGGUUUUAAGCUGGUAUUGAUAUUUUACAUUAUUGUUCUUUUUGGGGCAUGAUUCCUAGGUCUAAGCUCGAAUAUGUAUACAACAGUGCAUGCAUGCAAGCACUUGCCAACAAUGUGCAUGGCUGUCAUCACAUGAAAUGUGAUAUUUUUGUGCCCCUUCUCCCCUCAUUUGCAUGGAAUACGUAUUUUGGAGGAAUCAUGUUUUAAAAUUUUCAUUCCAAAUUCCUCCUCUGCUUGGAGCAUAUCGUGAUACUGCCUUCUUGAGUAGUUUAUUUUUUCCCUUCUCCAAUGUGCUUGAUACCAUUUGUGUUUGCUGCCACUUGUCAUGACACUGGCAAAUUAUUCUAUGUAAUUAUUUGCCAGAACAUUUUUGUUGUGACUGUGUGAUAAGAAACAUCAUUUACAUUCCCUUAAUGAUCUUGAGUCACAAACCCAAAUAUUACUUUGUUAAUUUGAUUUCGUAUGGCUUUUUUUUUUAUCCAUAUGAAAAUUGGUGCAAUACAAGGAAGGAAUGGACCAAGUAGGUGUAUCUACUCUGUCUACCUCUGCCACGAGAACACUUGCCCCGGUACUUAAACAAGUCGGCACUGAGUCUUAGUUUCUUCACCCAAUGUGAUGGUGUAAUAAGUAUAAUUGCAUCAAAUUUUGGAGUGGGCAUACCAAAUCAUGUCAACCCACAACCUAUCAACCUUUAGCAGUCAUUCUCCUCCAUUCAAAGGAUUGCAGCAUUCAUCUUUUACAUGCAAGUGUUUUGAUACUCCAACAGCUGAUGUCAAUGUAAGAUAGAUGGGGAGUUGUAAAUACUUAAAUUCCCUUUGAUGCAAUCCAUCUUUCUGGAGUUCCAACAAUGAAUACAUGCCAGGUUUUUUUAUAAAUAGAAUGCAUUGAGUGGAGCAAAUAGGAACCUGUUCCCUUGGCUAUGACAUGAGGUCUUUCUCUUUAUGGUACUUAAUCUUAUUUUUUUCAUGCGCUCUUCAUCUCUUAUCUGUUGCAUCUAUCUCCUCUUUGGAAGAGGAAACUUUAUCUUUUAAGAAAACUGAGAGACAUAUUAUGACACUGAUAGGUGAGUGCCAAUUGAAUAAAAGGAAAAUAAACCAUGGGGUC